AUGCCCCCGCUGCCCUCCGCCGCCGCCGCCACCAUCACCACCACCACGAUAGUCAUUCCGCUGCUUGUCAGCGCCGCGCUCAGCGCGCUCGUUGCCUUGUUGGCAGUGUUCGUGCCGCUAGCUGACCGCUGGUUCCAGCGGCGGCAGAUCGCCGCCGACAGGGAGGCCACCGCCGCCGAAAGGCGCGCUCUGCCUUCUAACUUCCCGCCUUUCCUUACUAAGCGCAUCUCUGCCGCCGUGAAGGAUGAAGAUGAGGCCGCGUACAAGACUACGUGUGCCCAGGCUAAGCCGUGGCUGAGGACCAACUUCCCGAAGGAGCGUGGUGUCCUUCGCUUGCACAUGGGUGGCGACCAGGCUCGUCAGGAUGGUUCCAAGAGCGGACAGGGCAAGGGCAAGGAGAAGAUUCUCCAGCGGUCGGCUUCGCGUGCCAAUCUCUCGGAGUCGUCGUCUGGUGGUGAGCUUGCGGCUCUUCGCAAGCGCGUCAAGGUUAAUGUGCGUAAAAUAUGUAGAGGCGACGACACGAAAUGCGUGUCGAGGCGGUCCUUCGGGACAUUCUUGCCGCCGCCACCAUCGCCACCACCACCACCGCCGCCGCCGCCACGCCGCCCGGACGGCCCAGGCUUUAAGAUCCCUGACCCGGGCUUCGGAUCGGGGGCGAGUCUGAACGGGGACCUGAGCUCCUUGACAACUACCAAUGCGGAGCAGGUUCGCCGCAGGAUCGACAGAGAUACCCUCAGGGCCCAAGAUGUCGACACCCAGCAGUAUGGCUCCGCCGCAAUCGUCGACCAAGUGAAUUUCGCGAAUAAACUCGGCCCGAACCCAAGAUCCCUUAAGAAAGGCUGCAUGGUACCCUGGCUUCUCUCUUUUCUAUGA